CUCUCUUUCUCUCUCUCUCUCCACAUUUCGAGCUCGACAAUGGCCGAAGAAGACGCGACCUCGACGAUCCGGCCCGAUCUCCCCACCGGCGGCGUCAAGAAGAUCAUGAAGCUCGACAGAGACAUCAACAAGGUGAACUCGGAAGCGCUGCUCCUGGUCACCUGCUCCGCGCAGCUCUUCCUGGAGUCCCUCGCCGAGAGAUCCGCGCAGGUCGCCACCGAGAAGAAGCGGAAGACCGUGAAGCUGGACCAGAUUAGGAUCGCCGUCAAGCGGCACCGGCCGACCAGCGAUUUCUUGCUCGACUCGCUCCCCGCACCGGCUCAGUCUGCCAACGGCGAGCCUGCCGAUAAGCUCCGGUCUCGGCCCGUAGCUGGGAAGCCGGUUCCGGCCGGCACGCGGAGGAUUGAUGAUUUCUUUGGCAAGCCUGUGAGUGAAGUUUCUUGAUCAGGCUAAUUUGUUCUUAAAAGCACUGUGUCGAUUUGAUGAUUCUGGAUGUUGCCAUGGCUGAAUUGGGGGACAUAGAUUUUGUUGAUUGUUCUUGCUCCUCCUACAGGAAAGUUAAUUUUUCCUAGUUGGUGUGUAUAUUUAUUGGAUAUUCUGGUCCGGUUAAUUAUGUGAAGUGACCAUGGCCCUGAAUCUUUGGGUCUUUUUAGGGGUGACUUUUGGCCAUGCCGACGGUUCCCUCAUUUGUCGAUAACCCCAUUCACGUUUUUGAGGUGAGCUGACUGUUUUCCUUUUUGCUGAAUCUGUUGAUCUGGGAUGUGGGACUUCAAAAGAUGGAAUGGCACUUAUCAUCGAGAUCGAUUCAUUGUUAA